GUUAUAUAGCAGAGAUUUGCUCUGUCACUGCACAGUCGAAGGUGAAGAAGGAGUGAAAACACGUUGUUCUAGCUUUUAUAUAUUAUACCAAAAUGGAAUUACCACAUUUAGGAGACCAUUGUUCAAACAAGUCUUGUAAACAACUCGAUUUUCUGCCAAUGAAGUGUGAUGCCUGUUCACAGAUCUUUUGUGGAGAACACAUAAUGUACAACUGCCAUCAAUGUGCAGAGUCUUAUAAAAAAGAUAAUCAGGUUCCUGUAUGUCCCCUGUGUAACAAGCCAGUGCCUAUCAAGAAAGACGAGGUGCCAGAUGCGGUAGUUGGACAACAUAUUGACAAUGAUUGUCAAUCGGACCCAGCAAGAAAACGGCGCAAGAUUUAUACAAAUAGAUGUUCACACAAAGGGUGCAAACAAAAGGAACUCAUUCCUGUCACUUGUGAUAAAUGCCAAAAGAAUUUUUGCUUGAAACACAGAAAUGAAAUGGACCAUGAUUGUGAAGGCUUUGAGAAUUCAGGCCGAGGAAUUUCCAAGACAGGAGCCGCAGCUAUUUUAGAAAUCAGCCACAGCCCUCUAAACCAUCCGGAAACAAAGGUCCAGGGACGGCCAAGUCCAAACCGCAGCAGACGACACUCACACAGCGCAACUUUGGCCGAGAACUUGAAAGGGAGCGAAGAGAAAGACAGAUGGGACAGACAGGCAGGCAGUCUGUACAAGGGAACAUGGAAGACAUGCGAUGGGCCUCCCACAGAGGAAGAAGCUUUAGCGAGAGCUAUUCAGAUGUCCAUGUCAGAGUCACAAGCACCUUCCAACACAAAUACCUCUAACAGGACGAUGACCCAGCAGGAGCAGGAUGACCUUUUACUGGCCCAGGCAAUUGCCGCCAGCCAAGAAGAGGCCAAUAGGGAUCAGCAGCGUAGAAGGCAGCGGACCGGUCAGAACAAGACGUCGUGUAGUCUCUCCUGACUGGACUGUGGGACGUCUUUCCUGUACUGAAUACAAUGGUCUCUCCUUACCAAGCUUCGGGGAAGCUUACCGCUCUGCAUCUAGCCUCCCCCGAUAGGCUUUGGGAUGCCGUCACUGAAUAAACUGUGGUCUGUGAGUCUUCCGACCAAGCUUUGUGUGACCUCACCGUCCUGCCUCUAGUCUCUCCCGAUAGGACCAUGAACGUAUGCAACUCCGAGGCCAUGACUAGUAUCCGUAAUGCAUGCUAACUGUGUCACAGAUAUAUCUGUGGAUGCGUCCUGGCAGUAGCAUAAAUGGAACCCUAGUACUGGUUGAAUUGAUGAAGUUGUUAUGCAUUAUUCAACAUAGAAUUGGCCAUAAUUAAAAUAACUUGGUUAUAUGCCCAAGGAGAAUCUUGUGAUUGUCAUUGAAUUUAAGAGAUUGAGAGUGCAUGACAUGAAAUACUAGAUGUACAUCCUAUAUUUCAAUUUUUAAACUGGAAAUGAAUUGAAAAAAUUUCAAUUACCAAAAAAAAAAAAAA